CCCGAGGGCCCGCUGCUGUGAGCCCGGAGCCCGGCUGUUGACUUCAUUUCUAUUUUAAGUACACCAAGAAAAAUGGCUAACAAUCUGCAGCCACGCACCUACUCUGCAGAUCUCUAUCAGUAUUGCCUGAAGAAAAAUUUGCAGGUUGGCUAUGAAGAAGUCUCAGUGACUGGACCUCCUCAUAACCUUGAGUUUACCAUGAAAGCUGUAGUAGGAGACAGAGAAUUUCCAGAAGGUAAAGGCAGAUCCAAGAAAGAAGCAAAAAAUGAUGCUGCCAGGCUAGCUCUUGACAUUCUAGAAAAUGAGGCUAUGAGCUCUUCAACAUUACCUGUGUCACCGCAAUCACCAGAAGCGUCAGAAACAAAAAUGUCAUCCUCUACAAAUUAUAUAGCCUUUUUUAAUACCUAUAAGCAACAGAAAAAAGUCACUUUAGAUUUUGUUAUGGAGACCGUGUUUGAACCUUCUGGAAUUCCAAGAUUUUCUUGUAAAUACAUCAUUGGGGAGAAAAUGUAUGAUGCUGGCUGGGGAUCUAAUAAACAAGAGGCGAAACAAUCUGCAGCCAAGAAAGCAUAUGAGCAAUUAAUAUUAGGCAACAAUUCACAGGAUAUGAGCUCUUUUAUGUCACCUCAACUAUCUCAACCCUCAAGAGUCUCAGAAAGCAAAACAGCACUCAGAAUAAAUUAUAUUGAUCCUCUGAACCAUUAUGCACAAAAGAAUGGAUUCACUCUGAAUUUCCAAACACAAACAAAAUUGGAACCUUCUGGACUUACAAGUUUUUCUAGUGUCUGCAAAAUUGGGGAUACAUCUUAUGGCCCUGCUACAGGAUCUAGUAAAAAAGAAGCAAAACAAGGGGCAGCUAAGAUUGCAUGUGAGAUGAUGAAGUUAGGUGAUGCUUCUUUACAGAAAAGUUAUUCAGUACUUUCUUCUGCUUAUGCCACUCUUCAGACUGAUUCUAGCAAAACAUCUCCGGGUCCAUCAACAUUAAAUGGUGUGGUGUCUGAAAGAGGAUUCUCAGAAGAUUCUUCAGAAAGGAAUAGUAAUGGUAGUUUACAAAAUAUUUCUUCAUAUUCUCUGAAAUCUACUGGAAGUAGUCAACAGAAGUGUAAAAGACCUUUGGCAGCUACUUUUGAUAGACCACCUUACAAUAAUGAGAAAAAAGAAUGCAGUAACAAUGAAAGGUUUCUCAAGGAUUUUUCUGACAUAACACUACUUAAUAGUGGUGGAUAUGGCCAAGUUUUUAAAGGAACACACAGAAUCGACAGGAACUCUUAUGCCAUUAAACGUGUUGUGUUUGAUAAUGAGAAAGUAAGGCGUGAAGUAGAAACUUUGGCCAAACUUGAUCAUGAAAAUAUUGUUAAAUAUAAACAUUGUUGGGUUGGAGAUGAUAAUUAUGAUCCUGAACGGAGUGGAGGUUAUUCAAGGUCAAAGAUUAACUGCCUCUUUAUUGUAAUGGAAUUCUGUGAAGGGGGGACAUUAAAAGAUUGGAUUGAUCGUGAAAGAUGUAAUGAACCAGAUAAAGCUUUGUCUUUGAAUUUAUUUCAACAAAUAACAGCAGGAGUGGAAUAUAUACAUUCAGAAAAAUUAAUUCACAGAGACCUUAAGCCAUCUAAUAUAUUUUUAGUAGAUAAAACCAAAAUAAAGAUUGGUGACUUUGGACUUGUAACCUCAUUGAAAAAUUUUGAGGAUCGGACAAAAGGUGUGGGAACACCUAGUUAUAUGAGCCCAGAACAGAGAAAUGUCCAAGCUUAUGGGAACGAAGUGGAUAUCUUUGCAUUGGGAUUAAUCCUUUUUGAACUUCUUUACAUAUGCCCCACUGCUCAGGAAAUGUCAAGGAUCUGGGAUAAUGUGAAAAAUUGUGUCUUUCCAGAAGAAUUUGGCAAGAAGUACCUUAAAGAGAAACUGAUACUAAUGAAGCUACUUUCAAAAAAUCCUGAAGACAGACCCAAAGCAUCAAAAAUCCUGAAGAUACUGAAGUCAUGGGAGAAAGAAGAGUGUGGUAGAGAGCCUAUGCAUUCACAUUCAUAUUAGGUGCUUUAUUGACGUAGGUUGGGCUCUCAUAUUCCCACCUCUGAAAUGUGGCUUAUUUUGCAGUUUCCGGAAUCCAUUGGAGAGCAUUGUUGUUCAGUCGUUUCAGUUGUGUCUGACUCUUUGUGAUCCCAUUUGGGGUUUUCUUGGUAGAGA